AUGUUACGGACAGUGAUAUUGAAGAUGAGCUCUUUGGAGAUGAUGGUAGUGAUGAUGAGUACUAUUUUGAGGGCUUGGAUGUCUCAUCAGAUGACGAAGAAGAGGCUGCUGAUCGGCGGCAUAUUACCGCUGUCGCAGUCUCAUAGCCCAUCCGAAGAGUCCCAACCAUCAGAAAGCACUGCAACAUCUACAGUAGGAUGGACCACGACAUGGAGCCAAGACAUUGAAGUGGCAGGAAAAGGGCACGCAGAAAAAGUUGUGAUGCAAUUGAUGGAAAAGCAUCUUCAGAACGGCCACUCAUUGUAUAUGGACAACUAUUACAAUAGCUUCCAUUUGGCAAAGCGUCUUUUAGAAAAUAGAACAUACUGCACUGGAACCUUGCGAUAA